AUGGCCAAGAAUAACGAGGGCGAGGCCCAGCAGGGCGGGUUCUUCGGCAGAAUUUUUGGCAAUAAGGGCAAGAGCCCCAUAAAAGCGAAAAUGGGAGAGCAGAAUGCAUUCGUGUACGAUGAGAAGUUAAAGAGGUGGGUCAUCCCUGGAGAGAAGAUUGAGGAGAGUGCCUUCCCCUCUGCGCCGCCUCCCAUGUCCAGGGCAGCCUCUGCCACCUCAAUGUCAGAGUCUGAAGGCCCCGACGGCCACAGGCGCACCGGAUCCACUGACAGCUCAAAGCGCGCUGGUGCGGCCGCGCGCUACGCCAACCCGGGGCUGAUGGCAACCAGCCGCGCGGCCAGCGAGCAGUCGAUGUCUGCAGCCUCAAUUGUCCCCUCGCCGGCCAAGCCCCCGCUGGUCCCAUCCACCAAGGCGUCAGUCUUCCUGCCUGGGAAGGCUGAGGGCACAACAGCGAGCUCAGGACCGCGCUUCUUUGUUCCCGGGGGCACAUCCACAACCCAGGGGGCGUUGUCUCGCUUUGCUGGCUUCAGCUCAAAGGCGCGGCAGGCGCCGGCGGAGGAGGCAACUGCUGAGCAGCCAGCGCCUGAGGAAGCCCUGCUGAGCCCCAGCAAACGCGCCAAACUUGGCGGCUUUGACCAGCAGGGCGCCGCAGAAUCCAUGGAUAGCGAGGUGACCCUGGCAAAGGGAGUGGGUGCAGAGGCUCCAAUGUACAGCCAGGCGCCUCUUUCAGAAGGCAACACCCGGCAGACUGCACCAGCGCUUUUGGCAGCAGAGGAGUCUGUUGGGGAAAACUCCUUUGCCAAUGAUCUUGUCGUGUUGGACAACGGCAUCACCUCUCCAGGGCCAAAAGAACCUGGCAAUGGAAGCUAUGGGAUGGGCGCGGGCACUGCUGCAGACCCCGAAACAGUGGGAGCUGAGAUUGAUCCUGAGGGAGGUGCAGGCGGCGAUUACAACCAGAAUAUUCAGCGUGGCGGCGACUUUGGCUUGGGCCAAGGCGAGGAGAGCUACACGGCGCCGCCAGAUCAGGCUCAGGAUUAUUUGGGCGCAGACCCCACAGCAGCGGACAGCAGCAGCGCCCCAGAGGCCGCCUACACAGCCGCAGGGAAUGGCGCGGGCGACGCUGCGCAUACGUCUUGGGAAGAGGUGCAGCAGUGGGCUGACUACUACCGGCAGCAGGGCUACAGCGAGGAGGAUGUGCAGAGCUGGAUUGCCUCAAACUACCCACAAUUUGCGCAGCAGCCGGCCUCUGAAGACCCCUCCCAGCAGCCAUGUGCGGCCUAUGAGGCAGCAGGCAUGGCGGCUGUUCAAGCAGAGCAGCCAGGCACCGAGGCAACAGCGGGAGAGCCGAAUGCGGCGGAUGUGCAGGCAACGCCGUUUGACAGCCGCGCGGUGGAAGCCAGCGGGCAGCCGCACGGGAGCUUCCAGGGGGCGCCGGCAGAGGUGGAGGGCGCGCAGCAGGAAACGGGGUACCAGGACAGGAGCAGGCUGCAGAGCGAGGCCUACAGCGACAUGGCUGAGUGCGGGUCCAGCCGCGGCCAUCUGGAUGAUCUCACCAGUGUCGGCACGGGCGGAGGCAGGGAAACGUUCCAGGCUCAAUCACAGGCGCAUGGUGGCCGGUUGGCGUCUGAAUCUUCUGUAUCUGGCAAGCUGAGCGGCCCUCUGCCGUGGGACGUGCUGGAUGACCACUCUGACGAGGAAAACAACUCCACCGCCGGCACACCGCGCUUUGAGCUGGCUUUCUCGAAUGGAGAGGUAGGCAACGCCGCGCGACCUGCGCUCGCUGGCGCGGCCUUUGCGGAAGCCGCCGAGCAGGCGGGCAGCAAGCUCACCGGCUGGGUCACCGGUCUCGUCCGCUCAGGCGUGCAGUCCCACAUGGCGGCGAACGCUAGAUUUCCCCGUGCACCCCUGGACACACGCAAUGCGCCCCCCUCGCCCUCCGCCUCAAUUCGCUCCGGCACCACGUCCAUCCGUGCCCAGCAGGGUACUCCCACAUCGAUCAAGUCGGUGGAGCAGCAGCAGGGCGACAGCAGCCUGCCACCGUCAGCUAAGGCAGCCCGUUACGGGCGCGGCGCAUUCGACAAUGAGUCCGUGCUGUCUGAGACGAUCAUCGAAGAGGACGCUGAUCAUGACUCCCAUGGCCACCACAGCCGCAUAGAGCCACCAAUGUUUGACAAUCCUCCAGAAGCCGCACCGCCGCAAAAGGGCACGGCAGAUUCGCAGGCGCAGGAAGCUUCCGUGGCCGCCUGGGCAGGCGGGGAUCUCGACAAUCACGCAGCCGAGCAGGACGGCUGGGACUUUGACGCGUCUGCGCUGGAUGAGUUGCCGCCUGCAGGCCAGGCGCCUGGGGACUCGGCUCCAGAAGAGCAGCAGCUGCGCUCUGCUGCGGUGGAGGCAAAUCUGGAAGAGGGUGCUGUGGAGAACAAGCAGGGUCAGGAUAGCUUGGGCCGCCUGCCGCACACCUGGGCCGGCGAUCUCCAGCAGCCAGCCUCUACCCAGGGCGACUUUGCCUUUGACAGAUCCGUGCCCAUACCCACCGCAGGGGCUGGUGUAGACGCAGCAUCAGGAGUGGGGACGAAUGGCGGCGGCAGCUUGAUGGGUGAAUCACCUCAGGCCGGGUGGGAGGGCGAAUCCGAGCUGGGUUUUCCCCUCGACGAUGUGCCUAAGGACGUCCCUGAGCCCUCUGACCAAGGAACUGCGCUGGAUCUGCCAGAAGCUGCCGCCCUCACGCCGCUGAGGGUGCCGCCUCUGUCGCCGCUGCGCACCGUCACCGGAGGCGCUGCCUCCGCCCGGCCCACCUCCGCGGCGGCUGCGGCAGUGAGAGAAGCCUUCGCGCAUGGCGAUGAGGCGGCUCAGCUGGCGGCGCUGCAGGAGCGGCUGGAGGAAGUCGUUGCGCUGCACCAGCACGCCAGCGACGAGGCCGAAACGCUGCGGGACCAGAACGGAGCGCUGGAGCUGGAGCUGGCCGAUCUGAAAACCCAGCUGGACGCUGAUGUGGCGGAGGCUCGCCAGGCACAGGACGUGCUGGCCGCCAAGGCGCGCCUGGAGGAGCAGCUCGAGGAGCUGUGGCAAGAGGCGGAGCAGCUGCGCGUCAAGAACGACGCCCUCAAGGCCGACAAUGCCACUCUGCUGGCCGAGCGGGCGGCUGACGGCGCCGCGGCCGCACACAGCAACGGAGACCUGAAGCCGAGGGCGGCCCAAGAUGGCGCGGAUGCACCUGCCGCGGCAGCUGCCGCGGAGCUGGAAGCCGCGCGCCAGCGCAUCGCUGAGCUGGAGGCGCAGUUGGAGCAGACGGGCGGUGCCGCAGAGGUGGCUGAGCUGGAGGCGCAGGUGACGGAGCUGAUGGCGGAGAGCGAGGCGCUGGCGGAGGAGGCCCUGGCCAAGGACGAAGAGAUCGAGGCGCUCGAGGGCCGCCUCGCUGCCGCCAUCGCCGCACUUACCGCCGCGCAGCAGGCGAGGCACCCCUUCUUUCCUGGAGGCUCGGAGGAGCUGGCCAAUCUGCGGCGGGAGGCGGCAGCCGCCAACUCCGAGGUGGUGAAUCUGGGCGAUGCGCUGGACGCCAUGAGCCAGGACACCGCGCUCCUCAACGAGGCAAUCGCUGCCGGGGAUGCUGAGCUGGAGAGGCUGCGCGCUGAGCUGGCAGCCAAGGGCAAUGACUCACAGCUGCUGGAGGACCUGCAGUCGCAGGUGGCUGCGCGUGAAACAGAGAUUGCUCGCCUGCAGGGAGACCUGUCCUCAAAGGGUGACGAGCUGGCGCGCAUCAGCAAGGAGGUUGCUGAAAAGGGAAUAGCCGAGAAGAAGCUGCGCUCAGCCCUGAAGCACGCCAAGGAAGCUGCUGCAAAGGAGCGCACGGAGCUGAUACCGCAGCUGCAGGCAGCGCAGCAGACGGCUACUGAUGCCCAAACGGAGGCAAGGAGUCUGGCAGAGCAGCUGUCCCAGCUGCAGGAUGGCAAGGCUGCUGCUGAGCAGCUGUGCCGGCAGGCUGAGGCGGAGGUGAAGACACUGAAGGAGAACCAGGCGCUGGACUUUGAGCGCAUUGGGGUCCUCUCAGGCGAGAACGCAGCUUUACAGGAGACGAUAGAGGAGCUGGAGGCAGCAGCGGGCAGUUCCGGGGCGUCGGAGGAGGCUGCGGCUGAGGUGGCGCGACUAAAGGAUGAGCUGGCGGCGGCCACGGCGCGCGCUGACGAAGCCGAGGCUCGCGCCAAGACGCUCGCCCAGGAGAAGGAGUCCUUCGGCAAAAGGGGCCAGAAGCUGCAGAAGCAGCUCAACCGGCUGCAGACAGAGUUCCAGGAGAAGCAGGCGCAGGUGACCAAGGACCUGGAGGAGGCAAGAGCAGCUUUGGCCGCCGCUGAGAAGCAGGCGGCAGAUGCCGAGGCUGCCCGGACUGCCGUGGCAGAUGCACUGCAACAGGAGAAGGCUCGGGCCACUGAAGGGGAGCAGGGCCUCAAGGCAGAGGCAUCUGCUCUUGUCACACAGAUUGCCGAGUUGCAGGCGGCGGUGGGUGCCGAAGCGCAGCGGCGCCAGGAGGCCGAGGAGCAGCUGGCGCGCGCCGCGCAGGAAGCUGCCGAGGCGGCGGCUGCCAAGCAAAACCUGUUCAAAGAGCUUGCAGCCGAAAAGAUCAAGGUGGCUGAGCUGGAGGAGGAGGCGUCGGCGCUCUUUGACAAGGUGUCAGCGGCUGAGGAGGAGGCUGGAGUGGCAGAGGCGCGCGCACACUCCCUCGCAGACCAGCUCAAUGCUGCACAGGCCGCUCUGCAGGCGGCGGAGCAGCCUGGAGAGGGCGGCGCGGCCGAGGUAGAGGAGGAGUUAGUGCAGGCGCAGGCGGCAGCUGCCGAGCAGGAGCGCGAGUUUGGUGACCUGCUGGCGUGCCUGGGCCAGGAGAGCGCCAAGGUGGCAGCCCUGCAAGAGCUGCUUGCCCAGCGCGGCAUCGACCCCUCCGGCGCCCUAGCGCAGGUGGAGGCUGACUACGGUUUUAGUGAUGAGAUGAACGACGAGGAUGAAGAGGAGGAGCAGCAGCUGGCAGCAGAGCAGAUGCCGGAGUCUGGAGAGGCUGGCCCAGAGCACAAGGACACACUGACAGAGGCGGGGCCGAGCGCUGCAGAGGACGCCCCAGCAGACCAGGAGUGGCCAGGGUUCUCAGCUGAUGCCGCUGUAGAGGGGAUGCCCCAGGAGAAACAGAUGCCCAGCACAGCACGGCAUGCACAGCAGAGCAACAUGGAGGGGCUGCCUGAGGGGGAACUGCUGUCGCCAGACAAAGCGAUGCCGAGGCUGAAGGAGGAAGUGAAGAGCGAGAUCACGGCCGGGAUCAAUUUCGGCGGCACGCUGCCGUCAGGGGACAAUGUAGGGCAGGAAAUUGACUUUGACGGCUGGGGAGCCGAGGCAGAUGGGGACUGGGGCUUCAAUUGAGAGACUGUUUGAGCGUUGAUUGACUGUUGUGCCUCAUUUGCAGUGAUGUGCCUCAAGUGCUUAUAAUACCAGGUUUUCCCAAGUAGAUUAGACUGGCACACCCUAUGGUCCUGUGUGCAAUCAAGUCCAGGCGAGUUCUGUGAUACUACCUGGUACUUGAUAUUCUCACUUCUGUUAAUGAAGAAAGUU